AUGAUGAAAAUUGAUGAGAGUGAUAAAAUUGAUGAGAAAAGUUAUGUGAGUAAAUUUGGAGCAAAUCGAUUACAUUCAAUUAAUAUUUAUGAUGUUAUAACAAUUUUAAGAAUCUAUACUGUACCUGUAAAUCUUAUGGAUACACAGUUAACACAACAAAGUCACAUAUGCUAUCACAAAUAUAUGAAACACCACCAACAUUAUGCAUCUGUUUUGUAUGUAUGUAAGUUAACAAAGUAUUACAUGUACAUAUCCGAAUAUCAUUUACAGAUGAGUGGAAUCGAAAAGAAGAAAGAACUACAUGAAGAUGAUAGCACGUGGUACAUGAAUCUGACUAUCUUCGAGCUCAUUAAGUAUUUUUAUCAAAUAUAA